CCGGUCGGCGUGAGCUUAAACCGGAAGAAUGAAAGAGGAGAAACUAGGUUGAACUCACUGGCUUCUCCGCUCCGCCUGCCUACCCCUUAGCGAAUUUGAUGCGUGGGAGUUUCACUUCACUUUUCUCUGACACGAUUUCCCUCAAUUUCCUCCUCCGUAAUCUGGUGACCAGCAUUUUCUCAUUCUCUGGACUCAGCCUAAGUGUUCCCUUUGCCCCAAUCCUUUCCCGCCUCAUCCUCCGGUGUACAGCCUGCGGGACUGUGGGAAGAGAAGCCCCAGCCCUCGCCAUGCAGCGCCUCGGGCCCUUGUCUCGGGAGGCCUGGGCCACGCUGACCCUCCAGUUGCUGCGACCUCCCUGCACCGGGGCCUCGCUGCUUUUCCGCCGGGUGCUAGGAGGCCUGCUGCAGCCUCCAGCGCGGGAGUUUGCAGAAGCCAGAUUGAAGAUUCAGCUGGAAUCAGAUAAAGAGAAAUCCAAUUUUGUUAUCAAGACUCCCAAGGGUACCAGGGAUCUUAACCCUCAACAGAUGGCUAUUCGAGAGAAAAUCCUUAAUGCUGUCAUCAGAUGCUUCAAGUGCCAUGGAGCUAAAGGGCUAGAUACUCCAGUGUUUGAACUAAAGGAAGUGCUAACGGAGAAAUAUGGAGAGAACUCUAGACUCAUCUAUGACCUGAAAGAUCAAGGUGGGGAGCUACUGGCUCUUAGAUAUGACCUCACAGUCCCUUUUGCUCGUUAUCUGGCUAUGAAUAAGAUAAAGAAGAUGAAACGCUAUCAUAUUGGAAAGGUGUGGCGACGGGAGAGUCCUUCCAUAAACCAAGGUCGAUACCGAGAGUUCUGCCAAUGUGAUUUUGACAUUGCAGGUCGAUUUGAUCCCAUGAUCCCUGAUGCAGAGUGUUUAAAGAUCAUAUAUGAAAUCCUAAAUACAUUGCAGUUGGGGAACUUCUUAAUUAAGGUGAAUGACAGGCGAAUUUUGGAUGGCAUGUUUGCUGUCUGUGGGGUCCCUGAAAACAAAUUACGAUUUGUGUGUUCUUCAGUGGAUAAGCUGGGCAAGAUGUCCUGGAAGGAUGUGAGAGAAGAAAUGGUAGGAAAGAUGGGUCUGGCUUCUGAAGUGGCAGAUUGUAUUGGGGAUUACAUCCAGCAGCAUGGUGGAGUGUCCCUAGUAGAGCAACUACUGCAGGAUCCCAAACUCUCACAGAACAAGCUGGCCCUGGAGGGAUUAAGGGACCUGAAACUGCUAUUUGAGUAUCUGACCCUAUUUGGUAUUACAGAGAAAAUCAUCUUUGACCUGAGCCUGGCCCGGGGCCUGGACUACUAUACAGGGGUAAUCUAUGAAGCAGUGCUUCUUCAGGCCCCAGCCCGACAGGGGGAAGAACUGCUUGGAGUGGGCAGCGUGGCUGCUGGAGGGCGCUAUGAUGAUCUUGUUGGCAUGUUUGACCCCAAGGGCCACAAGGUGCCAUGCGUGGGGCUCAGUAUUGGGGUUGAAAGGAUCUUCUCUAUUGUGGAGCAGAGGAUGGAGGCCAUUGAGAAAAUUCAAAUGACAGAGACACAGGUCCUUGUAGCUACAGCACAAAAGAAUUUCCUUAAAGAACGGAUGAAACUGAUUGCAGAGCUUUGGGAUGCUGGGAUCAAGGCUGAGAUGCUAUAUAAAAAGGACCCCAGUUUUCUCUCUCAGCUACAUUACUGUGAGGAGACAGGCAUCCCACUGGUGGCCGUCAUUGGGGAGCGAGAGCUAAAAGAUGGUGUCAUUAAGCUUCGUUCUGUGGCCAGCAGAGAGGAGGUGGACAUUAAACGGGAAAAUAUAGUAACUGAAAUCCAGAGGAGAACACGUGAAUCAUGAUGUUGCCUAUUCUUCAUCUGCUUCUUGUUCCAUUUGUGGAAAUCUACUUCACUGUGUGGUUGGAAUUUUACUGUGGUGGCCCUAUCCAGUUUCACAUUUGGGUCAGGGUAGACUACACUUCUCCCUUCUACUGCCUCCCUACUUCUCUCAUCUUAAUGUUCCUUGUUUGGAAGUGGGGAAGUAUCAAUGGCACAUAGGCUCCCAACACUCUUGCUUUAAAUCAAAGAUAUUUAAGAGGAGGUGGACCAUCCACUUUUAACUGGUGAAGAUAGUGUCAUAUAAUAAGAAUAUGUCCCAGAUACUACAGAGACAGUGGUAAAUUUAUGUUAUUACUAACUACAAAUAAGACCUAAGUCGAACUGUGUUCUCUGAAUAGUCUUCAAGGGAGUUAACCUCUGAAGGAAUCUUAAAGUGUGAGGGAGUUCUUUCUGAAGUCAGAAUUCAAACCCUUGGUUAAGGUCUGAGCCAACCAGGAAAAAAGCUUGACUGUUCCAGACAUAGGAUUCCAGUCUGUUAACUGUCUUGCUCUGAGUGUUAUAAAAAGACACGAAGAAGGGAGGAGUGGAUAUCCUGAUGAAUCCAAACUAAAACAAGUUACAAAAGGCAUGGUGUAGCUAGCUCCCUUCCUAGCUCUUCUCCAUUGUGCUAAGGAUAAGCUAUCUGAUACUUAAGCUUCCUCAUGGUUUUAAAUGCUGAAAUGAGCACGUCACUAGUUCUCUUGAGUUACAGUUCCUUAUCUGUAAAAUGAACAGGUUGAACCAGAUGACCUCUGAGGUGCCUUCCAAUUGUAUAUGUAUAAAAAUGUCCCCAUGUACUAUAAAUACAAGAGAACCCCUGACAAGGAUAAGACUGGUGAUUUCUCCUCCCAUACUAGGUAUACAACUAUUAUUUUGAUCUUUUUCUUGAACCAGAACAGCAGCUGUUGCCACUUUGUGGCCAAAUUAACUAUUUGGAGGUGUUUUUAUAUUUAAGGUAAUUAAUUUAUAUAUCUUGCAAUUAGCAUUUUAUUUACAUCGAAUAUUGGGAAUGAAUUGGAUAAAAAUCUGGGCUAUCUCUGAUUUAUCAAUAUAGGUUUACUUUUAUAUCUUCACAUUUUUUGUGGAGAUGUUUGUGGCAGGUACUUAAGUAAACUAGUCUCUGUCAUUACAACACUGGAGGAGUGUUUCUGAUGUUCACAUACUGUUCCAGCAUUGGAAAUUUUAACUAAAACUACUACUAUAAAGUUCAUUAUGAUCAGAAGACAACGUUUGGCUUCUUGGAAUUUUAGGUUUAACAUUGGCCAGCCCAUGGACCUCUUGCCUAAGGGUUAUGUCCACCAACUCCAAGACCGCCUUUGGCGAAAUAAUUAAUUAAACUAAUUACUCUAUUACUAAAUAAUUAAUGAAUUGGCAAUGGAAGACUGGGAAUUGGAGGCAUGGGGUGGGGAGGGAAGUACUGGGUUCUUCCCUCGUGUCUUCAGCUUCUUAGGAAGAUCGAGGAAGCCUCAGACCCGGAAGGAAUUGACCCCUUUAUGGGGCCCUCUUCUAGAGCACUUAAUGCUAGUGGCAAAUGUCGGUCUCCCCUCUCCCCGCCCCUGUACCUUUUCGGGCAUUCUGAUUCUGUUUAGUGCUGUGUGAACCAGCCACAAUUUCUUUAAGUAUUCGGGUCUAUAAAAUGAAGUGUUAAAUUUGAUUGUUGAUUUUGUGAAAAAACAAAAAACAGUCUGUCCAAGAAAUUAAACGUUCUUUCACUUGCUUCGUA